CAGAGUAGAUCGUCUACGAUAAAUAGGGUCAUGGAAGUGUUUGCUGUUACAUAUUAAUGAUCUUCUGAUCACACAAUGACGAAUUGAUUGCAUUAUUGAUAAUUAUAACGCUUAUAAUAAUUUAAUGUUAUUAAAAAUAAGCAUUUCUAAAAUUCAAUUUUUCUAAAACAUACAAAAAAUAGAUCUUUCCAAAACCACAAUCCUAAUCAGCGACCAAUCCCUGCGAGUUACCGCGACCUCCUACGGUCUGAUUCUCAAUCGCAAAUUCGCGCGGCUCCUUUUCACCCGGACACGCGGACAAUCCGUUCGGGCCUCUUUCGUUUUCACGCCAGCAAGAUGAAGAUCGGACUGUGCGCGUACAGCGGAUACAAGAUUUAUCCUGGCCAUGGCAAGACCAUGGUCAAAGUCGAUGGAAAGAACUUCACAUUCCUGAACUCGAAAUGUGAGUCUGCCCAUCUGAUGAAGCGCAACCCCAGGAAAGUCACAUGGACCGUACUGUACAGGCGCAAGCACAAGAAGGGUCAGGAGGAAGAACAGACCAAGAAGAGGACCCGUAGGACGCAAAAGUUCCAGCGUGCUAUUGUGGGUGCCUCCUUGACUGAUAUCCUGGCUAAGCGUAACAUGAAGCCAGAGAUCAGGAAGGCCCAACGUGAUCAAGCCAUCAAGGCUGCCAAGGAACAGAAGAAGGCCCAGAAGGCCGUCAAGAAGGCAGCAGCGCCACCCAAACAGAAGCCUGUGCACAAGCAGAAGGCCACGAAAGUACAGCAGAAGGCUGCCCCCAGGGUUGGCGGCAAGCGAUAAAUUAUUUCUUAUGAAGCUUGACAAAAAAAUAAAGUGGUAAAACACUAAAAAAUCACAAAA